CAGCGAGCAGCGAGCAGCGCCGAGUCUCCGCCCUGCAGCCUGCACCAUGCACGGGGGCAAAAGAGGACUGGUGGCCCCGCAAAACACCUUUUUGGAGAAUAUUGUGCGACGCUCCAGUGAAACCAGCUUCUUGCUGGGAAACGCGCAGAUCGUGGAGUGGCCGGUGGUGUACAGCAAUGACGGAUUCUGCAAGCUGUCCGGCUACCACAGAGCCGAGGUCAUGCACAGGAGCAGCACGUGCAACUUCAUGUACGGAGACUUGACCGACAGGACGACCGUCGACCACAUCCGACAAACCUUUGACGGCUACGAGUCCAACUUCUACGAGGUGCUGCUCUACACCAAAAACAGAACGCCCAUUUGGCUGUACAUGCAGGUGGCGCCCAUCCGCAACGAGAACGACAAGGUGGUGCUUUUCCUCUGCACCUUCCGAGACAUCACGCUCUUCAAGCAGCCCAUCGAGGACGAAGCCGCGCGAGGAUGGACAAAGUUCGCCAGGCUGACGCGAGCGCUAACCAACAAUCGCAACCUGGUCCAGCAGAUGGCGCCCCUGAGCAAGACGGAGGUCAGCCACAAGCCGUCCAGAUUGGCAGAGGCCCUCCAGCUGGGCUCCGACAUCCUCCCCCAGUACAAGCAGGAAGCCCCGAAAACCCCGCCGCACAUCAUCCUGCACUACUGCACCUUCAAGACCACGUGGGACUGGAUCAUCCUCAUCCUCACCUUCUACACGGCCAUCAUGGUGCCCUACAACGUGUCGUUCCGCACCAGGCAGAACAACGUGGCGUGGCUGGUGCUGGACAGCGUCGUGGACGUCAUCUUCCUGGUGGACAUCGUGCUCAACUUCCACACCACCUUCGUGGGCCCCGCCGGCGAGGUCAUCUCGGACGCCAGGCUCAUCCGCAUGAAUUACGUCAAGACCUGGUUCGUCAUCGACCUGCUGUCCUGUCUGCCCUACGACAUCAUCAACGCCUUUGAGCAUUUCGAAGAGGACUUUGUGACGCCGCCGUCCCCGCCGAGUCAUCUUCGCGACUCGUCAAACUUCCACAGGAACGGGACCAGGACGGAGGACUCGGUUCUGCCAGGUCUGAGCAGCCUGUUCAGCUCGCUGAAGGUCAUCCGGCUGUUGCGCUUGGGCCGAGUGGCCCGCAAGCUGGACCACUACCUGGAGUACGGCGCCGCCGUGCUGGUCUUGCUGGUGUGCGUCUUCGGCCUGGUGGCCCACUGGCUGGCCUGCAUCUGGUACAGCAUCGGCGACCACGAGGUCAUCGACGAGACCACCAACACCAUCAAGACGGACAGCUGGCUCUACCAGCUGGCGCUGAGCAUCGGGACGCCGUACCGCUACAACGCCAGCGGCACGGGGCGGUGGGAGGGCGGCCCCGACAAGGACACGCUCUACAUUUCCUCGCUCUACUUCACCAUGACCAGCCUCACCACCAUCGGCUUUGGCAACAUCGCGCCCACCACCGACGGGGAGAAGAUCUUCUCCGUGGCCAUGAUGAUGGUGGGAUCGCUGCUGUACGCCACCAUCUUCGGCAACGUGACCACCAUCUUCCAGCAGAUGUACACCAACACCAACCGCUACCACGAGAUGCUCAACAACGUGCGCGACUUCUUGAAACUCUACCAGGUCCCCAAAGGCCUCAGCGAGCGCGUCAUGGACUUCAUCGUGUCCACGUGGGCCAUGUCUAAGGGCAUCGACACGGAUAAGGUGUUGUCCAUCUGCCCCAAAGACAUGCGGGCGGACAUCUGCGUGCACCUCAACCGCCAGGUGUUCAACGACCAUCCGGCCUUCCGCCUGGCCAGCGACGGCUGCCUGCGCUCGCUGGCCGUGGAGUUCCAGACCACGCACUGCGCGCCCGGCGACCUCAUCUUCCACGUCGGCGAGAGCGUCGACACGCUCUGCUUCGUCAUCUCCGGCUCGCUCGAAGUCAUCCAGGACGACGAAGUCAUCGCCAUACUCGGCAAAGGCGACGUGUUUGGCGACGUCUUCUGGAAAGAGAGCACGAUGGCGCGAGCGUGCGCCAACGUGCGUGCGCUGACCUACUGCGACCUGCACGUGAUCCGACGAGACGCGCUGAUGCGGGUGCUGGACUUCUACACGGCCUUCGCGCACUCCUUCUCGCGCAACCUCAUCCUCACCUGCAACCUGCGCAAACGGGUGAUCUUUCGAAAGAUCGCAGACGUCAAGCGGGAGCAGGAGCGCCGGAGGAACGAGGUGGCGCUCUCCAUCCCCGACGACCACCCGGUCCGGAAGCUCUUCCAGAGGUUCCGGCAGCAGAGGGACGGCCAGACGCCGGGGGAAACGUCCCCGUACUUCGAUGGCGACUGCCCGCAGGAGAAGCCGCCGCACGCCGACGCAACUCGCGGCCGAGCUGAGAAGUCCGAACAAAACUGCAGCGCGGAUGCCGUGGGGUCUCAACCGAGGCCUUGCGCGGAGAAGCCGCCGAGCCAGGGGGUCAACAGAGUGGGGAACGGGGCGACUAGGGGGGCGGCCGCCUGCAGAGGAGGGGCUAGAGGGUGGGCAAAGUUUAAAAAUGCCGCCUCAGCUGCGCCUCCUCCUGUGGUCGGAGAGCAAGACAAAGGCCACGGCUGGGCCAAAGGAUCUCAGUCGUCGGAGCAAAUAGCAUCCAACAAGAACCAGAACCAGGGGGACGGCGGGGAGGCUGGGAUCACAGGGGGCGGCGCCGACGCAGGGGAAGCCACCGCCCUGCAUAAAACGGACUCGUGCGACAGCGGCAUCACCAAGAGCGACCUCCGCAUCGACCGAGUCGGCGACUCCAGGAGCUCCUUCGAGCGCAGCCCCAACGAGCGCAGCCCCAUGGAGCGGAACCCGUUCGGGCCCGGCGGCUGCGAGCGGGACCUCCCGCAGGCCGCGCUGUACGAGGCCAAGGUGGAGCUGAAGGCCGACAUCCGGACGCUGGGCGGCCGGCUCGCCGCGCUGGAGGCUCAGGUGGGCGAGAUCCUUCGGCUGCUCUCCGUCAGAAGGAGACUCUCGCUGCCGCCCACGUCCUCGCCAAGGCCCAGGUUUAGGAACCAAGACUCUGUUGCCGCCUUGGUUAGACUCCGAAAAGACGACGGGCCCUUUUGAGGGAACCGGUUACAAAUUUGAGUCCUCUACACGGGUACAAAGAAGGACCCCAGGAAGCAUUAGCUAGCUGGCCUGCCAAAGAAUUGCAUGAAAACAAUUUUAAAAAACACGUGACGGGGAUUUGACUGAUACAGUACAGUUGCUUUGGCAGCAUGUUGUGGCAUCUCCAGGCACUAGAGGCACCUGUUUUUUUUUUUUUUGGGGGGGGGGUGGUCAUCAAUGACUAUGUCGAUCACAAAAUAUUUAGAAUUGCCAUUAUUAACAGUUAAAACUGAAAAUAUAUCACAAACUAUGAUCCCAAAACACUACCCUUCAAAAUAAAUCAGCCUUACAGCUGAAUUGCACAUGUACAUCUCUCUCCGUAAUUUCCACUAACAAUCCAGGCUAAACUGAUCUCGUCUCAUGCUCGAGAUGUAUCGACUCUGCCGCCUCGGACUUCAUUUGGUUUUUGCAUUAUUCGUGAUGUCCCUAUAGGGUCAAAAAGGCUCAGUUGAAUAGCUGACUUGAAAAAAAAUGAAGUAAUUGUAGAGGGCGGUCACUCACCCUGGUUUCCAGAUUUUAG